CGGAGAGUUCUAUGAUUGGCUGAAUUUCUCAUGACUGGGAUAUAGAGGAAAGCUAUAAAAGGAUCACCUUGUUUCGAUUUGCCUGCCUGACUGAGAAGGGAGAGCAAAGGCGAACGAAAGAAAAAUACAUCAAUCUACUACCUUUUUGAUAUUUGUCACAACUCUGAUCAAGAAUGAACCUUUUGCCGGUUCUUAUGAUGGUGACGAUACUAGGCCUGGUCUCGGCCUCUAACCAAACUUCAUGUCAGGGACCCCAAGCGCCUCAGUGUCUACCAGCGCUAGCACUGUACCUGCAGAAACAGGAAAAUCUACUUCAAGCUGUCCAAAAUGACCUAACAACCACCAAGAGCGAACUGACAACCACCAAAAACGACCUGGCAACCACUAAAAACGACCUGAGAGACACUAAGAAGGACCUAACAACCACUACGAACGACCUAGCGACAAUAAAGAGCGCCCUGAAGACCACAAAAAACGACCUGGCGACUACUAUGAACGCCCUAAAAACAACCCAAAACGACCUGGCGAUCACCAAAAACGACCUGGCAAACACCAAGAACAACUUAGCGACCACCAAACAAGACUUAACAUCUACCAAACACGAUCUGGCAGCCACAAAAACUCAACUCCAACAAGCUAUCGGCAAAUGGCCGGCUGGUCAAUACUGCAUCCUAGCGAAAGGCCCAUGUCCCGCGGGAUUCACGCGAUCUUCGGGUCACAUGUUGGCUAUCAACAUGUACAGCCACACCCCUACUUACAUCAAAACCGCGAGUUUUGGUGACAGUAAAAUUGCGUGUCAUGGGCCUUGCGGGAGGUACGGUAACUGGGUUGGUGAACUGCACAUCACAGCCUGCUGCAAGUGAUGCACUCCGUUAAAACAAUAGCAACGAAGUAAAUUUUGAAUGAUUAUGAUGAUGAUAAAAAUAUAAUAAUAAUAAUUAUAAUGAUGAUAAUAAUUAUAAUAAUAACUGAAAAUAAUAUGAUUGAAUCACAGGUUUACUUCAGGCUACAUCACAUAUUGAGACAUUGUAAUAAAGUUAUGCGAACAUGGUAAA